GCACGUGGCCAUGGAGGCUAUGAUUCUGAUUUUAGUGAUGAGGAGAAUGGAGAGAAGUCUGUGCAAAAGACUAAAAGUACAAAGGAAGAUGGCCUUCUGAUAAAGCCAUUCCAAAAACCAAAACAAAGCAGUGUGGCUCACAGACGAUUUGCAGCUGAAGAAUGGGAUAGGGAAGAAGCAAAAAAAAGAAGAUUUCACUUGAUGGCGAUGGAUGCCUAUGAAAGGCAUAAGAAGUUUGUGAAUGACUACAUUUUAUAUUAUGGUGGCAAAAUAGAGGAUUUCCGACGUUCUGGAGCAAAUGACAAGACGGAUCUUGAUGUUAUUAGAGAAAACCAUAGAUUCCUGUGGAACGAAGACGAUGAAGUAGACAUGAAUUGGGAGAAGAGACUUGCAAAGAAGUAUUAUGAUAAAUUGUUCAAAGAAUACUGUAUAGCAGAUCUCAGCAGAUACAAAGAGAAUAAGUUUGGAUUUAGAUGGCGACACGAGCAGGAAGUAAUUUCAGGAAAAGGUCAGUUUUCUUGUGGAAAUAAGCGCUGUGAUGAGGAAGAAGGCCUGAAGAGCUGGGAGGUGAAUUUUGGUUACGUUGAACACGGUGAAAAGAGGAAUGCACUUGUGAAAUUGAGACUAUGUCCAGAAUGUUCCUACAAACUAAACUUUCAUCACCGGAGGAAAGAAGUCAAAGCACGCAAGAAAAGAAGCACAGCUGUACAAAACUCUAAAGAGCCCAAAAUUAAGAAGACAAAAUUAUCUUGUUCAGCAAAAAACAAGUCCAAAAAGAAGACCCAUAAAGAUCAGAUUUCUUCAGAAGAUUCAGAUAAUUCUGAUAAAGAUUCAGAUGAUAACGAUGCACAAGAUGGUCCUUCAGAUGCUGACUUUUGGAAAGGUCCUCUACCAGAAGCAGAUGAAAAAUCACGGGAGGAGGAGUUUGAUGAGUAUUUUCAAGACUUGUUUCUCUGA